AUGUUCCCUCGUGCGCCCGCCUUCACAGAGAAGGAUGCGCCUGACCUAACAGGCAAGGUCUACAUAGUGACAGACAUCGGCAGAGUGCUUCCUCUCGACCUCGAGAACCUGUACUACCACCGCCCCAAGCUGAGCAUCGAGCGGUACGGCCUUGCCAAAGUGGGCGUUUGGGCGUAUGGCGUUGAGUUCUCCAAGCGGUCCAGCGGCGUCUUGGGCGUGCCUCUCAACCCCGGCCUAAGGACGGAUCUAUUCAGUCAGCAGGGCUUCCUGUUCAGGCUUCAGUCUUAUGCACUACCACCCGGUCAACGGCCGGAGAGCGAGGGUGGUGUCGACUUGACGCGCAAGUUUUGGGAUUGGAGUGAGAAGCAGGUUGAGAGAUUCCUCUGA